AUGGUUAAAGAGCGAGCUGAGUGGGAAAAAUACCGUGAGCGCCUAGUGCGGCAGGUUAAGGAGUUUGAGAAAGCUAAAGCUGGGUUUGCUGAAGAAAAAGCUAAGUUCGAAUCUGAUAGGAAAUCAGAGGAAUGGGGACGUGAAGGCUUUGGGGCAAGCUUCGUGCUGCUGAAGAUCUACCUUGAGGCUCAAGUUGCUGAACUGAAAGGGAAGGUUGAGGAUGGGCAAACCGAUAGAGAACGUGUUGAGGCUGAGUUGAAGGCGCAUGCAUCUAAUAAGGAUAAGGACCUGGCGGCUAAGGAUGUUGAGAUUGCAGAGUUGAAACGUCGUUUGCAAGAGCAAACCGACAAAAGCGAGUCCUUAGAGAUUGACAUUGAGGCUGAGAGAGUAAAAGCUAUUACUGCUGAAGAGGCCAAACAGAAGGCUGAAGAGGCGCGAGAUAUCAGUACCUCUGCCCUCAAUGUAGCCCAGAACAAUUACUCUGAAGCCCAAUGUAUCGUCGAUACACUGGUCUCUGAUGCUGAAUGGAUGCGCGGUAGAGGAGUAGUUCUGAUGGCCAACUCUAUCUUGAAUGCUUCCGAGCUGGAUGGAGCUGUUGCUGCUCUCAUAGAUGCCUCACGCGCGGUUGGUUACCGUGGAGGUUAUCUAGAGUGUGCGCAGCAUGUUGAAGAGGCGUUAGGACAAGAGUUUGACAUUAGUCAUUGCUCAGUGACCGACCAGGCUGAUGCUGCAUCGGCCCGCGCUGAAAAGAUUCUGGACCCUCCAGAGACCGUGGAACUAUCUGAUGAAGAAGAACCAGCCGGUGAUGAUGGUGAUGGCGAUGGUGAUGGCGAUGGAGAUGGUCACGACGAUGAUGAUGGUGGUGACGUUACAAUUAUUGCAUUGUUGUUAGAAACUUUGGUUAAGUUAGCGCGAUUAAAUGUAAGUGUGGCUCGUGUGAGUGUGACUGCCCGGUUUCGCGCUAUGAUCGCGGAAGACCUUGGAGGCGUAACUCGAGAGCUCGUAAUUUACUGA